AUGGCGCGUUUUCCCGGGCGUAUAGCGCAGGAGCGGCGGGAGAGGGAGUCAACGGUGGAAGCGGGAGUUCAAGCGUCCACGGGGGACUCCCUCCCUCUCACUUUUGCAGGAGCGGCGAGAGCGGGAGUCGACGAUGGAAGCGGGAGUUCGAGCUACCACGGGGGACUCCCUCUCACUUUUGCAGGAGCGGCGAGAGCGGGAGUCGACGAUGGAAGCGGGAGUUCGAGCUACCACGGGGGACUCCCUCUCACUUUUGCAGGAGCGGCGAGAGCGGGAGUCGAUGAUGGAAGCGGGAGUUCGAGCUACCACGGGAGACUCCCUCCCUCUCACUUAAAAGCAUUCUUGCCUCCUCUGUCCGUCGUGCCCUCAUCCCUCCCGUGCGCUGAUCCAUUUUUCCCCCCUGCGCUCACCCCUCAUCCCCCCUGCACUGAUCCCUUCUCCUCCCUGCGCUCACCGCUCGUUCCCCCUGCGCUAAUUCCUCUUCCCCCCUGCUCUAAUACCUUUUCCGCCCUCGCCCCUCCUUGCCGCUCAUCUCCACUGCACUUGUCCCGCAUUCCCCAUGCUCCCAUCAAUCCCCCCUCCCUGUGCUCCCUCCUUCUCCCCCUGCGCUCAUCCGCUAUUCCCCUUGUGUUCAUCCCUCAUUCCCUCUGCACUCCCUCAUUCACCUGUACUCAACCUUUUCCCCUGCUCAUCCCCCCCCCCUCCCCUCACCCUUCCCCCAUGCCCUCAUCCCUUCCCUAUUCUCUCUUUCUCAUUCGCUCAGUGUUUAUCCCUCCUUCCCUUUGUGCUCAGCUCACCCCUUCCCCCUGUGCUCGUCCCUCCUUCCCUUUGUGCUCAUUCCACCCCCCUGCGCCCAUGCCUCCUUUGCCUUGUGCUAUCUCUUCAUUCUCUCUGUGUUCACCCUCCUUCUCUUUACACUCAUUCCAUCCCAUGCUUCUGCACUCAUCCCCAUCUCAUUGA